AUGUCUGGAAUCAAAAGGAAAAUAGAGGAUAAGGACCCAGAUUAUGAAGACAUUUCAUUAGUUCAAGAGAGCAAGAGAAGCAAACUUGUGGAACAAAAUGCGCGGGAAGCCACGGUGCAGAAAAUCGAAGCUAUCAUAAGAGACCAGUUCUGUUUGGAGAUGAAGAACAAAGAACAUGAAAUCGAAGUGAUUGGACAGCGGCUGAAUGAAGCCCGGAGGAUGAUGGACAAACUGAGGGCCUGCAUUGUGGCCAAUUACUACGCUAGCGCGGGACAGCCGAAGACACAGGAGGCCUCCAAGGCUGACCCCUCUGUGCUGAAUCACCCAGCCAUCAAACGCUUUCUGGAGUCGCCCUCUCGCUCUUCCUCCCCCCUCAACCAGGGUUCAGAGGCCGCCUCCCUGGGGCCGUCGGAGGCGGAGUCUCUGAGCCAGGCGGGCGAGGCCGGGGACCGGGACGGAGAGGCGGGGUGGAAAGAGGAGGCGGGGCGUCGGGAACGCAGGCCGGGUCGGAACACGGGGAAGGACACAUUUGGGGUGCCAUCAUCCGUCGAUCAGCACGUGACCUAUCACAGCACAGGAGAAGAAGCCUCACGGCUCUACGUGAAAAAAACGAUCGUCGUGGGAAACGUCUCAAAGUAUAUAGCUCCUGAUAAGAGAGAGGAGAAUGACCAGUCUACUCAUAAGUGGAUGGUGUAUGUUCGCGGCUCACGGAGGGAACCCACCAUUGACCACUUUGUGAAGAAGGUUUGGUUCUUUCUCCACCCAAGCUACAAACCCAACGACCUGGUGGAAGUCAGUGAGCCUCCGUUCCACCUGACCCGUCGGGGAUGGGGGGAGUUUCCGGUGCGUGUGCAGAUCCACUUCAAGGACCCUCGGAACAAACGAAUCGACAUCAUUCACCAUUUAAAGUUGGACAGGACAUACACAGGCCUGCAGACGCUUGGUGCAGAGACGGUGGUGGAUGUGGAACUACACAGAAACUCUCUGGGCGAAGACUUCAUUCCCUUCCCCUCCUCCUCUUCAGCAUCAUCAUCUUCCUCCUCCCAGCUCACGACCGCAGCCGCCUCCUCUGGCCAAGCCUCCUCGCAGAGCUCCAGACGCCCCACCUCCCCCCACCACCUCAACUCUCACUCCGGAGGUGAGAGCGGUCUCAACAUCAAAACCGAGUCAGGGCGACACACGUGCUCUGAACGAACUUCGGCGCAGCCCAAAACCGCCGAGAAGAUCACGCUGGGUUCCCAUGGCAACUCCGCCUUUCAGCCAAUCACGGCGAGCUGCAAAAUCGUGCCGCAGGGACAGGCGCCCAGUCCCGCAGAGUCUCCUGGGAAAUCGUUCCAGCCAAUCACGAUGAGCUGCAAAAUCGUGUCAGGCUCCCCCAUCUCGACGCCGUGUCACUCCCCCCUCCCGAGGACACCCACCUCCUCCACGCCCGCCCCUGUGAGGCAGGGGGCGUCCGUCAUGAACAACCCCUACAUCAUCGUAGACAAACCCGCACAGGUCGUCGGAAUGACCCCGCCCACCGCUUCUGACACGAUUCUUCCGGAUGUUUCUCUUUCAGGGAGUCCUGCAGCCCAGUCAGUGCGCUCUCCAGCCCCCAAAAUACACACAGGCAGCUUCCUGUCCUCAGGAGUCAAGGUGAUCAUUAAACAGGAGCCCGGUGAAGUGCCCACUCAGCCCCCUACCCCGCAGCAACAACAGGCGGCCGUCUCCACGGCGACGCAGCCCCAGUCCGCCACGCAGCAGUUUGUGGCCGUGAAGGGUGGUCACAUGAUCGCCAUGUCGCCGCAGAAACAGAGCGGGGCGGGGACAGGGGCUGGAGCCACGCCUAGCAAGGUCUUGGGUAUCCCUGUUGGAUCAGCUCUUCAGUCCGCUGUCAAGCAAGUGGCUAUCAGCAGUGGUCAGAUCCUGGUUGCCAAGUCCAGCCCAGCCGUUUCCAAGGUGAUGGGACAGAAGCAGGUGGUUGCCCAGGGUGUUGCUAAGGCCAUAGUCAGCGGAGGUGGCGCUGGAGGAGCCAGCGGCAUCGUGGGACAGCAGGUGCACACGGUUUCCAAGGCCGCAGGCGGCUCGACCGGAAGCGGCAAAAGUGGAGUCAUGGCCACGUUGCAGCUGCCUGCAAAUAACCUGGCUAAUCUGGCUAAUCUCCCGCCGGGUACAAAACUGUAUCUGACCACCAACAGUAAGAACCCGUCUGGAAAAGGCAAACUGCUCCUCAUACCACAGGGAGCCAUUCUCAGAGCGUCCAACAGCGCAGGUCAGCAGUCCCAGAGCUCAGCAUCAGCUGGGUCAGGAUCCAGUCAGAGUUCCAGUUCAACCUCAGGAUCCAACCUUCCAUCCAACCUCUCCUAUACGUCUUAUAUACUCAAACAGACGCCACAGGGCACGUUUCUGGUUGGGCAGCCAGCUGGUUCAGGAAAGCAGAGCGCGUCGGGCUCAUCGGCUCACGCGGUGUCUAGCCCCUCCUCUGUUACUCAGCAGGCCAUUCGGGUCACUGCUGGGCAGAAGGCGGCCAUUUUGGCUCAGGUGGUGGGCGGGGCUCAGGGCUCUCAGGUGAAACUGUCGGACGGUUCGGUGAAGACGGUAACGGGGGUGGGCACCCACCUGUCUAAACCAGGUACCACCACCCUGAGAAUGGCAGGAGGAGUUAUCACAGCGACAAGCUCCGCCCCCGCCACGCCCCCCACUGCAGCCUCCGCACCCACCUCACAGCAGCCUGCAGAGGGCGCCACUCUGCUCUCAACUCAGUCUGUAUCGGGGGCUAAACCUGUGGGCCAGCACCCAGUCCUGAUGGCAGCCAAUCAGGCUGCAGUCAUCAACGCGGCCAAGAGCACCAGCUCUGUGGCCGGCCUGACCAAAGCUGCGGCUGGCGCCAUGGUAACAGUCGCCAAGAGCGUCAACAUGCCUGUGAUCAGUCUGUCAAAGGCGGCGGGUUCUGCGAUAGUGGGCCUGCCCAAAAGUGCCAGCCCCUCUCUGGUCGGCGGGGGAACAGUCAGCGGGAAGACAGCUGCUGCUCUUUCAGGCAUGCUGAAGAUCCACUCCGGUCAGUCCAGUUCCCAGCAGACCGUGCUGACCAUUCCGGCCAAUCAGCUCAAGCAGCUGGGCGUUGGCUCCGCCUCCGGGAGCCUUCAGACCAUCCUCAUGCCCGUCAGCAAAGUGGUCCAGUCCAGUUCUGGAUCCAAAGCUCCAGCCAGCAGUACUAACAACAGUAGUUCUGCCCAGAGUGGAGUCACUCCGUCAGCUUCAACACCAACCACUAUAACUCACGUGAAAACAGAGCCUGGUUUGGUGAGCUCCAGUCAUACCACUCCCACACUCCAGACCUCUACCCCAACGCCGUCUACAUCAGCCACCGUAUCCACGACAACAGCCCCCGUAUCCACGACAACAGCCCCCGUGUCCACCAGCACAGCAGCCACUGUUAAAGUGGAACAGGGCACAGAGGCUUCUCACGAGCUUAUAAAUUCUGAACACAUAGAGAACCUGACACAGUUGCUGACAGCGGCAGUGAAGAAAUUCCCCCUGAUCCUGCAUGAAAAGACUGAGGAUUCUCCUCCGUUCUGUGCAUCCUCCAUUGAGCAGUAUUAUUCCUGGAACAUUGGCAAACGCAGGGCAGCUGAGUUGCAGAGAGCAGUGGCAGUCAAAAGACUGGUACAGGAUGUUUUGGAUAAAGCCCCUCGGCUGCAGGCCAUCUCUCCACCCAAAACCAGAGAGGUGGUGCAGUGGUGUCGUCACCGUGGUUACACUCCCCCCGACCCCGAACCCCGCCGCUCUGAAGAGAACUCGAUAGAGGACAUUCUCACACAGAUAGACAGCGAACCAGAGUGCAGGUCCACCCUGUUAGACUGUGAGGAGCUGUGUCAGAGGCUGGAGCAGUUACAGAGGCUGUUAAAAACCGAACCAGAGAACGAGGACGAGGAACCCAUCGACAUCAUCAGCAUCACCAACCCACCCACCAGGGUCAAGGUCAAACAAGAGCAGGAAGAGGCGGAGCAAGAGCCCAAGUACUUCCUGGCCCCGUGCCCCUCGGCUCAAUUUGUGAGGGAAACGGCCGAACAGAUUGGUGUGUCGUUUGAGCCAGUAGAGGUGGAGAAGAAUGUGUUUGCUCCGGUGGUGGAAGCCAUGAUUCUGAAGGCCACAGAGCAGUUUGCCAGUGAAAUCCUGAGGGAAUCUCUUGCCAGUGCAUAUGCAAAAUCCCCUCAAAACAGGGCACCCAGAGAGAUCUCAUCCAUGAACAUUCACCAGGCAGUGAGCAGUAUUCCCACCUGUGACUUCCUCACGAACAGGCACAUGGGCGUCUUGCUGAAAGACUGAAGAUAGGCUGUAACAAUACAAAUACAGCCCGAAACACCAGCCUGGCAACAAACCACUCACCUCUGCCACAGCACCUACGGACACCUGGCAAUCUCUGACCAAUCACAGACACGAUGUCCUCUCCCUCGACCGUGUCACAGUGCAACGGAACCGUUGCCCCGGACUACGGAAUUCUAGAAUCAAAUUGAAUCAGAGUUAGAAUUUAGAGUUCUGUCGACAGUUACAAUGGUGUAAUUCCACAAAUGAUGUCAUAACCUCUGCUCUUCUAUGGCCUU